AUGGAUCCUCCUGGGGCCCUCCGCCCUCUCGACGAACCUUUACUCCGCGAGCUUCCUCAACUGCCCUUGCGUAUCGCUCCUUUGCGAGAGCCAGUGUCUUCACGAACUCUCAGCAUCCCGUCUCCCUUAGAACCAAACGCCAGCGGCGCGAGUGAUUCAAGUACAAUCUCCAAGACUGCCCCAAGUGGCGCAAACCAUCCAUCAAACACCAAGGCGGGCCUCCCGACAGUGAAAGAGUUCCUCAACGCGGCGCGAACUAAAAAGGCCGAGUCCGCCACGACAGAUCCCCAAUCGAAUGUGGAACCACCGCCCAAACCUAUUCUUCCAGCAUUUGUAAACCUCCGCGCUCUAGAACGCUUUCCAUUCUCAUCUUCUUUCGACGACGAUGCCCUCCAUGGGCCGCGCAAGCGUCGGCGCUUAGAUUUGCAGGCCGAGUCUUUCAGCGAACACUUGCAGUUACCCAUUCCUCAGACCCAGAAAGAACAACGCCCGCCACCAUUUGGCCCUUUUGCUAUUCUAAAUGGACUGAAUGAGCCGCCUCCAAACGCUGCUCUCUUGCCGCCAAUUGAGGCUGGCUCCUCGAUCUCCCAGCUCCUAACAAAGCCUUCGCAAGGGAAUGGCGCGGCCGUGGAUACUGGCAAUCCGAUAUCCGCAAAUGGCACUAUUGGCACCCCUGUUGAAGGCCAGACUGUAGAAAGAAGAGAAGCUAGGAUUGAAGAGCUUCUUGAUGCAACCCUUGAUGACAAUAACAACGAUGACGACGACCAUGAUCAUGACAAUGCGCAACCAAUCAAUCAAUAUGAUAAUCCGGAUACUUCCCAAACAGGACGGGAAAAUGAUAUCCAAGAAAAUGGGCCUACGCCUCAUCCCCUUCCAACACCUGACGAGGAGCCCAUGUCUCCCAAAACGCGAGGCCGAUCUCGCAAAAACUUGAGAAAAUGGACCGACGAGGAGACAACAGCAUUGCUCCGCGGUGUGGUCAAGUGUGGUAUUGGCAACUGGACUGCGAUCCUCGCGCAGCCGGAACUUAAGUUCAAUAAGAGAACAGCCUCAAACUUGAAAGACAGGUUUCGAGUGUGUUGCCCCUGGGCGUAUCGUGCAUCUGAUCCAAAUGAAGCCACAAAGCAAUUGCGGGACCAGCUUGCCAAUGCCCUCCUCAAAGCCCAAGCAGACGGCUCUGCCAACAGGCCUGGCAACAUUCAGCUGCCCGAGCGAAACAUUGUCAAUGCCGGGUCCGGACCGAGUUCUAGCCACGGAAGUACUCCCGGCAGCUCACUCACUUCAUCUGCAUCUAGCAUGUCAUCUGGCACGCCAGAUACAGAGCGCGGGGGUCUCAUUACUCCACUUCAACAGUCUCCUCCAGAGAAGAGUGCAUCAAUAUCCUCUACCCAGUCCCAAUCAACCCUAGCAUCCCUGGGCCUCCCAGAAGCACACGUCGCAACGAAAUCAAAAAGACGUUCACGCCGCCCAUUCACGACUGCCGAGGACGAGGCACUCCUCAAAGGCUACGCCGUCCAUGGUUUCCAAUGGACGUUGAUCCAACAAGACCAGCGACUCAGCCUCGGUCACCGCAGAGCAACUGAUCUACGUGACCGCUUCCGCACAAAAUUUCCACACGCAUACCGCGAUGGAGGCUCAGUCAGUGGCAAAGCCAUCAAUUCACAACCCCAAGGCCAGGCCCCGGCGACCAGUACACCGGGACCGUCGUCUCAGAAUCGGGAUGCAAGUAACGAGUCAACCCCGACAAAGGCCCAGCCCACAAGCCACCGUCGACCCAAGUCCCAUAGCCGGCACCCGUCUAGCAUUUCAAAUGCCAAUGCUGGGCCGCUAGAUGCAGCGUUCUUGCCUCCGCCACAGGGGUAUUUGGACAAUAUGGUGCCUGGUGCGCUUUCGUUCCCGUCCGAUGAAAAUGCUGCCGGAGGGGCUCCGUCGCCUUGGGAGGAUAAUACGCUUGCGCCCAUGGUUUGGGAUGAUCUCGGUUGA